GGCGAAUCAAAUAUCAUGGUCUAAUAAAGAAUCAUUCUGAUUAGUUGAUAAUUUUGUGAAAGAUUCCUGUGAAAAAGGUUAAUUAAAUCUAUUCCUAAUUUAUGUCGAGUAGACCUUGUUGUUUUGUUUUAUUGCAAGAAUUCUAAAUUCAUGACUUGUAGGGAGGGACUUAUGUCACCACAAACAGAGACUAAAGCAAGUGUUGGAUUCAAAGCUGGUGUUAAAGAGUAUAAAUUAAAUUAUUAUACUCCUGAAUAUGAAACCAAGGAUACUGAUAUCUUGGCAGCAUUCCGAGUAACUCCUCAACCCGGAGUUCCACCUGAAGAAGCAGGGGCUGCGGUAGCUGCUGAAUCUUCUACUGGUACAUGGACAACUGUGUGGACCGAUGGGCUUACCAGCCUUGACCGUUACAAAGGACGAUGCUACCACAUCGAGCCCGUUCCAGGAGAAGAAACUCAAUUUAUUGCGUAUGUAGCUUACCCAUUAGACCUUUUUGAAGAAGGGUCUGUUACUAACAUGUUUACCUCAAUUGUGGGUAACGUAUUUGGGUUCAAAGCCCUGGCUGCUCUACGUCUAGAGGAUCUGCGAAUCCCUCCGGCUUAUACUAAAACUUUCCAGGGACCACCUCAUGGUAUCCAAGUUGAAAGAGAUAAAUUGAACAAGUAUGGACGUCCCCUAUUAGGAUGUACUAUUAAACCUAAGUUGGGGUUAUCCGCGAAGAACUAUGGUAGAGCAGUUUAUGAAUGUCUACGUGGUGGACUUGAUUUUACCAAAGAUGAUGAGAAUGUGAACUCUCAACCAUUUAUGCGUUGGAGAGACCGUUUCUUAUUUUGUGCCGAAGCUAUUUAUAAAUCACAGGCUGAAACAGGUGAAAUCAAAGGACAUUAUUUGAAUGCUACUGCGGGUACAUGCGAAGAAAUGAUGAAAAGAGCUAUAUUUGCCAGAGAAUUGGGAGUUCCUAUCGUAAUGCAUGACUACUUAACAGGGGGAUUCACCGCAAAUACUAGUUUGGCUCAUUAUUGCCGAGAUAAUGGCCUACUUCUUCACAUCCACCGUGCAAUGCACGCUGUUAUUGAUAGACAGAAGAAUCAUGGUAUGCACUUCCGUGUACUAGCUAAAGCUUUACGUCUAUCGGGUGGAGAUCAUGUUCACGCGGGUACAGUAGUAGGUAAACUUGAAGGAGACAGGGAGUCAACUUUGGGCUUUGUUGAUUUACUGCGCGAUGAUUAUGUUGAAAAAGACCGAAGUCGUGGUAUCUUUUUCACUCAAGAUUGGGUCUCACUACCAGGUGUUCUACCUGUGGCUUCAGGGGGUAUUCACGUUUGGCAUAUGCCUGCUUUGACCGAGAUCUUUGGAGAUGAUUCCGUACUACAAUUUGGUGGCGGAACUUUAGGCCACCCUUGGGGAAAUGCACCGGGUGCCGUAGCUAACCGAGUAGCUCUAGAAGCAUGUGUACAAGCUCGUAAUGAGGGACGUGAUCUUGCAGUCGAGGGUAAUGAAAUUAUCCGUGAGGCUUGCAAAUGGAGUCCUGAACUAGCUGCUGCUUGUGAAGUAUGGAAGGAGAUCACAUUUAACUUCCCAACCAUCGAUAAAUUAGAUGGCCAAGACUAG